CUCUCGCUGCCAGCAGCCUGACGCGCAUCAAACCGGGGGGUGGGGUCAGAGCGUGAAUCCAGCAAGAAGCAGAAUAGAGACGAUUUCUGUUGGGGUCUUCAGCGCCAGAAUGGAGGAGGAUAAAGGGUGGAAGAUUAAACUCACGUCCUGCUUCGUGGCCGUUGGGGUAAUUUUAGCGGUGGUCGCGGUCAGCACCGAUCACUGGGCUGUGCUCAGCCCCAGACUCGAAGUGUCCAAUGCCACAUGUGAGGAGGCACAUUUUGGGCUUUGGAGACUUUGCACCAAGCGUACCUUCCUGAUCACGGUAGAUCCCAACGCCGAGGGCUGUGGGACCACAACUCUUCCCGGAGACUAUAACUGCACAUAUUUCAAGCACUUCACAUCAGGAGAAAAUGCAGAGCUGUUCCAAAUUACCACUCAGAAAGAAUACAGCAUAUCAGCAGCAGCCAUAGCCAUCAUCAGUGUGGGGUUUAUGAUGCUGGGCACAUUCUGCACACUCCUAUCCUUCAGCAAGAGACUAGAUUAUUUCUUGAAACCAGCUGGAAUGUUCUUCAUCUUCUCAGGCCUAUGCAUUAUAAUUUCUGCAGAAGUCAUGCGGCAGUCAGUGAAACGGAUGAUAGACAGCAAGGAGACCAUUUGGACCCAAUAUGAAUAUUCUUGGUCCUUUGCCUGUGCUUGCACUUCCUUUAUCAUUCUAUUCCUUGGUGGGAUCAUCCUCCUCCUGAUCUCCCUACCACGCAUGCCCCAAAACCCAUGGGAGACAUGCAUGGAUGCACCGCCAGAGCACUGAACAAGCACAGGAACUUCAAUACAUCAUUACAACUGGUUUAUAAGCAGGAAUAAAGUUCCCAAAUUCUGAAGAAGAUUGUGAUGGGGCUUUAAAGGGAUACUGUACUUGGUAUCAGAGCUUAUUUCUAAAAAGAAAUAACAUAUAUUAUAUAUAUUUGAUUAGCGGUCUAUAUAUCUAUUUAAAUAAAAUGAGCAGAGGAAACUGAAGGCUGAAGAUAUUCAGGUCAGUCAGCCAAUCUGACUUGCUGAAUUUUUCCAGCAUUUUCUAUACAUAUUUUUAAUUUCAGUUUUCUAUUAUCUGCAGUAGUUCGCUUUGUAAAAUGAAAAUUAGUACUUAUUGAAUCCAAAAUAAAAUCAGAAGAUGUUUAUUGUUGGGAGGUUAAUUUGCCAGUUGGUCAAGCCUUAAACCUUUCAGAUGGCUGAUGCAAGUUUUCAGUUUUAUUUCGUCAAUGCUUUUCCUUAUCAGUGGUAGACCAGGAAGGUUGUUCUCCAAAUGUGAACACUAAUGAACUCACACAUUUGGUGAUGAACCUUUGGUGGGUGGAAGGUGCAAUAGAUAUUUGUGGUGACUGUACUGUUUGGCAAAUGAUUGUUUCCAGUUCUCAGUGCUCGAUUCACUUGGAUGUAAUUGUCUGAUUCAGAACAGUGAAGGGAAGAAAGGGUCACUUAGGGAGAACUCCCUGUUAGAUUCUUACAAUUGCAGACCAUCUGAUUAGUUUUAAAGGUCAAGAAAUUCAGACUGGCAUAUCUCACAUAUCCUUCCAGAUUGAUGGUUCUUAUAAAACCUACUUCUUAAAACUAUUUGAUGCACAUUUUGUGUAAUGAGCCUCACUACCCAUAUUUGUCAUUGUUCUUUGAAACAUCUGUAUUUUCAAAACAUAUUUUAGCAAAACAGCAUUGAUUGAUCCUACUAUAAAACUUCACUCUGCUCAGUGUAAUGAGUUGAUAUUUGUAACUGACUAAUUUGGGAAAUUAACUGCACAAGGCAAAACAUAAAUUUUAUAAAAUAUAUAUUGGACCUGUGAUAAUCACCAAGUAAGAGGACUACAGUAUUUGAUCUUGUAACGCCACUUUAACACAAGAGAUUGGUAGCUGCAAGUUAGCUUUCACCUCCAUUGUUACAAUGUUUUAUUUCUCUGUCCUUUUGAGUUGUUCUAUUUUCACAGUAUGACACUCUUUGCCUAAAUAUGCAUAAACAUACUGAAUGAUGUACCUUCUACUCAAGCAGGUAAAUGGUACAGAUCUCAUCUGAUCCAAUUAAAAUGAUAGAAAAAGAUAUUAGAAACAAUAAAAUUAAAUUUAGAGUGAAACAGCAAUUAAAAGAAAUUGUUUGGGCCUGGUCAUAAUGCAAGAAUUAUUUAAUCUCUGACAAUAGCAAAUUAGAGCAAUAACAACAUUUUUAAAUAAAAUCAUUAACAAAGGUUCGUUUUUAGCUAUGCUGCAAAGAGUAUUUAACAACGAAAGCAAGGAUAUUUCAGCUGAAUUCUUCCUCAGAAAUGUGCAGACUUUUCUAGUGGCCUGUUGAUAUUUUGCUCAAUAGCCCUUCAUAUCUAAAGUCUGGACUAAGGAGAGGAAAGGUAUUUGACAACUGAUGAUUGAACCUGCUCACAUUUGCUGACUAACUUAAUACUAGCUACUGAGAGUAGGAUUCAUUGAAUUAUACCACACAGAAGCGGAUCUUUUUAACCACCUGUCAAUGAUGCCUAUCUAUGCUACUCCCAAAGGCAUUAGGCCCAUAUUCCUCUACUUGUGUAUCCCUUUUCUUUACUGUGGAAAAUCAUAUAAAGUUUUGGUGAAGUCAUAUCUACGGCACCACAUUUGGCUUUGGCAUCGGCAUCCUUAGUUAAGAAGAUGUACUAGCGUUGGAGGUAACUCAAGAGAUGAAUUCAAUUAAUUACUGGAAAUGAGAAGAUUUUCCUAAUCUACAGAAGUUAGAUACACGUUCGUUCAAAUGUAAUUGAAUGAGGAAAGAUGGUAUUGAAACAUAGAAGAUCUUAAAUGGCAGGAAGAAGCUUGAGAUAUAUCAAUGACUGGGGGAAUUUUUAAGAGGGGCAGUGACUUAAAACAGAGGUGCCUAGGAACAACUUUGUGGAGGAUUUUGAUUGACUGAAAUUCUCUAUGUCAAAUAGUUGUGGGGGCUAGAUCACUAGUGGUGAUUUAAUGAGUAGGUAGAUACAUCUUUGAAAGAUCCGUCCAACUAGCAUAAAAAAGGAAUUGAAGCCUCAGGUAGUGGAUUGUAUUGAGUAGUAGGCAGGCUUGAGGGACUCAGUGGCCUACUCCUGCUCCUAGUUAGCUGUUUUCUUAUGAAGCCUAUCCGACCAGUACUGCAUUAACAACCAACCUGUACUCAGUGCCAAAUGAAGAUGGAAUCUAGGCAUUUCCUCAUCUAUAUGACUUGCGACCAAAUCAGAUGAUGCCGUUUCCUGUUAGUGUCACUUGCACACCGGGCAGGAGCCACCUGGGUGCGAUGGUUAGUACAAAAAUCUAGAAUCAUUUUUGAAGACUGUAUCAUCAUAAUUAUUGCCUCACUCAUAUUCCAGCUAAAUAUGAAGGUGGUAUGUAAAUUAAGACACCACAUGCCAUUGCCAGAAAUGUAAACAUAAUGCAUGUAUUAAAAUAUGUGUGAUGAUUGUAUUAUACAGUAACUGACAAGAGUGGUCUCUAUAUUCCCCACUCUUUGAGCGUCCUUCAGAGUCUUAACAAUAGAUUAUUUCAUUUUAUCUUCCAUAAUACUUGUACAAAGUUAUCUGGGAGAAAAUGAUAUUUUGUCAUGUUAUUUCUUCAAUUAAACGUAAAUAAAUAAUAAAAAAUA